AUGAAUUCCCUGUUUUUGCAGUAUCAAUUUGGGAAUAUUCACGAUGGUGCACUGCAAAGAUUAGCAAGAAAGUCAGAAUUCGAGAGACUUUUAGAGUCAGCGACUCCAAAUUGCUACAAAUAUGCUAGGGGCAAAAAAGAUGUCAGCGGUAUAAGUUGUCUUGAAAUGGACGACACAACCGGACAGUUCCUCUUGAGUUGCGGCACGGAUGGUUCUGUUAGUGUGUGGUCAUUGGAUGAGAAAUUAGACACUGUUAAUAAUGAGCUUUACAGUAAAAGAAUAAAUUACAAUGCUAAAAGUAUAGGCACUGAAGAAUUAUCACCUUCGAAAAAACGUGCAAAAACUUCGUCACCAGCGCCAAGAAUGGUUCACAGCUUCGAAACACGGCAAAGCAAAUUCAGAAUGUAUCGACAGUCUUCAGAUCUAAAUAAACUUGCAGAGCAAGAAACAGAGGACAACAGCAUCAGUGAGGGCCAUCGAUUCCGAAUAGCAAGCGCAAAAUGGUAUUCUAUAGACAACGGAAUGUUUUUCACAGGCUCCAACGACUGCAGAGUUAAAAUAUGGGACACUAACUCCUUUGAACCGGUACAGGAAGUCAAUUUAGACUAUCGAAUAAAUCAAAUAGACACAGACAACGAAGGAACGUAUAUUGUGGCUGCAACUGAGGACUAUUUCCCACGUAUCAUUGAUCUCAAGAAUAUAGUAAGCUCCGGAAUCACUAAUUUAUCUUCGCAGGACAUGAAUCAUGAAAUUCUUUGCUGCAAAUUCAACCCUGUAAAGACACACAUCGUUAGCACGGGUGACUCUCAAGGUAAUAUAAAACUAUGGGACCUUAGAAUGAGGAAUAGGUUACUGCUAGAAUUGCGCCAGCGCGACUCCAGAAGGGCACAUUUGAAGAGUUGCAACGACCUGUGUUGGAAUGCCGGAGGCACCGAACUGGCAUCAACGGGAAAUGAUGGGAAGUGUUACAUUUGGUCGCCUUUCACCACUCCCAUUUCUUCCAGACAGAUUGGACCCAUGGAUCUUAUGCGAAAUAACAGUAAAAAAAGGACUUCUCAACGUCUACUGCGUUUUGAAGACUAUCUGCUAUGUAAUACGGACUACGGAGAGAUUCAAGUUUUCGAAACGGCUGAAGGAAAGCUGUGCAAUAAGAUUGAUUAUCCAGUUUCUCAACUACCAAGUAAAUCCGACGCUGCGCGGUUCUCCGGCAUGGCGAUGCAGUCUUCCUUAGCAAAUUCGAGAGGUAUACGACUCUAUUUGGGUACAACGGCUGCAAAUAGCAACGGUAUGGAGAAUAGUGCCUGCCUUUGCGAGUAUAUGUAA